AUGAGGUCUUCACUUGUGUUUCUGUUUGUAAUUUCAAUCAUAUUUCAUAUAAAUCCCACAAAAUGCGAGGAAGAAGAUUUGGCGGGCAGUGCACCACCCGAGGACACCACAACACCCGAUACCACGACAACACCCGCUGACGACACCACACCAACCGAUGCCACGACAUCAGGAGAUGACACCACACCAGCCGAUGCUUCGACCACUACAACGGCGUCGACGAGUCAGUCCACUGUUUCGACAACAACUGCCUCGUCGUCAACAACUCCUAAGAGUGACCAAAACGGUGUCGUGGAAGAGGAAGUUCCGGCUGAGAAGUUGACUCUCAAAGAAAAGUAUCAAAAACUGAAGAAAAAGGCUAACAUUUACGUUAGAGAAAAAGCCAAAAAAUUGAUGGAUAUUCUCAACUUCGAUAUAAGUAAACUCGAUGUCCGAAAUUUGACACAAUUCUUGCCCUUUUAUGAUGGAUAUAGGAAAUUAUUCAAUAAGAAGUACGCGAAUGAAGCGGAAAAGGAGGAGAGAAUGAGUUUCUUCAAGAGAUCCGUUGAGAAGAUUAAGGAACACAACAGGAAUAUGAAAGCAAAAUAUAUGAAAGGAAUCAACGAAAUGUCAGAUAUGAGCUUUUCGGAGAUUUUAAAACAGAAGUUAGGUUUCAAACAAGACGGCGGAGACGUUAUGGUCAAAGCGUCCGCACCGGUGCCUGAAGUCGCAGAUAUGCCAAAAGAGUGGGAUUGGAGAAAGUUUGGGAUAUUAACGCCUCCAAGAAAUCAGGGAAAGUGUGGCUCGUGUUGGAGUUUUGCCGCCUCUUGUGUUCUCGAAAGCCAUAAUAUGAAGAGACAGAUAGCGGAGGGAAAAUUUGAUCCAAAAACCCAAAUAACAGUU